GUAGCUGAAGCUCCGGACGCUCCAACACCCCUCAUCCUCUCUCAUACACACGAGAGCAGCCAUCAUCCUCUCUCUCUGUCUAGUCUCAAAUAGCAAGGAAGAAGCAAGAAGAGCAGGUCGACAUGAUGCACAGGCUCGCCGGCGAAGCUAGGAGAAGGGCGGCUCCGGUGAUGGCCGGCGGCGAGCGGUGGCUGUCGGCGGCGGCGGCGGCCAACAAAGGAAGGCUGGAGGGGAAGAUCGCACUGGUCACCGGAGGCGCGAGUGGGCUCGGGAAGGCCGCGGCCCACGAGUUCAUCCAGGAGGGCGCGCGGGCCGUGAUCCUCGCCGACAUCAACUCCGAGCUCGGCCCCGAGGCGGCGCGCGAGCUGGGCCCCAAGGCCCACUUCGUGCCCUGCGACGUUGCCGUCGAGGCCAGCGUCGCCGCGGCCGUGGACGCCGCCGUGGCGCGGCACGGCAGGCUGGACGUCAUGCUCAACAGCGCCGGCAUCGUGGGCCCGCUCACCCCCGGCACGUCGCGGCUCGCCAGCCUGGACCUGGCGCAGUUCGACGCCGUCAUGGCCGUGAACGUGCGCGGGACGCUGGCGGGGAUCAAGCACGCCACGCGCGUCAUGGCGCCGCCGGCGGCCGGCGGCGGCGGGUCCAUCCUGUGCAUGGCGAGCGUCAGCGGCGUGCUCGGCGGGCUCGGGACGUACCCGUACUCGGUGUCCAAGUUCGCCAUCGCGGGGAUCGUCAAGGCCGCCGCCGCCGAGCUGUCGCGCCUCGGCGUCCGCGUCAACUGCAUCUCGCCGUACGCGGUGCCGACGCCGAUGGUGGUGGGCCAGUUCUCGGGGCUUCUCGGGGGCGCCGCCGGCGGCGGCGGCGAGGAGCAGGUGGCGGCCAUCAUCCGGGGGCUCUGGGAACUGAGGGGCGCGACGUGCGAGGCGGUGGACAUCGCCAGGGCCGCCGUGUACCUCGCCUCCGACGACGCCAAGUACGUCUCCGGGCACAACCUGGUGGUCGACGGCGGGUUCACGAGCUACAAGAACAUGAACCUGCCGUUCCCUACCAAGGCACAGGACUGAAUUGAUGGCCGCAGCUAUGCUGAUCCCCCGUUGAUGGUGAACUUGAGCUUGAGGUGAGUGGUGUCUGCUUUUCUGGUGGUGUUAAUUUCCUUGUACAAAACUGCACCUAACCGUCAGGGAGAAGAAGGAGAAUGUGUGAGUUGUUGUGAUCGUGGUUUAGGAGGGUUGUGAGUGACUUUUGAAUCCAUCGAAAGUUAUUAGUGGAUUCUCUAGAGAAAGGAUGUGGAUUUGCAGUUAAUGAUUUCUUAGUAUGGACUAUGGGGAAAUUGUGACCUGUGAUGCCACAAAGGUGCUAGAUGUUUUAUUUUCAGUCAGAAAGACUAUGGGACUUUUAGUUCAGCAA